UGCCGCUAUCAUCCUACAACCGGCUUUCCUUCUCUCAUAUCCCCAAGUGUCAGCUUCAUUCAUUCCGUGGUCGCGUAUUGUGUUCCAUCCACGCUUUGAGUCCCCAGAACCUGCCGACGGUGCCUUGCACCACGAUAUGACACCAACGCACGCCUCCUCUGUCUCCAUCCCCGCAAGAUGCGACUUCUUAUCUAUUCGAUUGCCCCAUAUGAAAUCAUCACUGAAAGAAAGGGUUGACCUUGUGGAGGUGCGUAUCCGCAAUCAGCUAGAUAAAUCGUCCGUCAGGAAGACAGAAACCCAUUUUGGGUGUGGAGAGGCCAUUAUUCCAUAUCCUGCACUCUCAUACACCUGGGGGGUCGAACCGCAUAGUUCUAAGGAAUUCCAUGGUCACGAAAGAUUAUGGACAAUCCCUUGCGAUCUAGACGUUAGUGUCGCAGAACCGGCGAUGAGUCUGCUGAACUCCUUGAAGGAGCAGAGAGAUUCAGGCCAAGAUGAAACUCCCAUAAUCUUCAUCGCACACGGCCAUGGUGGACUGGUAUUAUCGCGGGCGCUACAAAAUGCAAACGCUACCUUACUCGACAACAUAUAUGGCGUCCUCUUUGUCUCAACGCCCCCGCCCCGACGGAGACUUGACAAUCUUUUUUUGACAGUGGGUCAAAUCCUCUGCUAUGCAGCGAUGCGUGGCUACGAUGCGUGCCAUGGCUUUCCUAUAGGGAGCUGUGUCGCAGCAUCAAGCAUCCCAAGAUUUGGGAAUUCGACCAAAUUGACCAAUCCUCACUGGAUACCUCCCUUCUCUGACAUCACGAUUGAAGCUCCAGUCGAGAUACGGAACUUUGCACAGAUUCUUCUAAAUCUCUUUGUUCAGGUUUUACAUCUAUUCCUGUCUCCCACUACGCCACUUUUCGUCUGUAUUGCCAUGGCAUAUGGCAUACUAGCGAUGUCACAAUACCACAUCAACAGAAGCGAUCAAGCUCAGCAGAUCUUUCUACUGAUCAGCUUAGUAUGGGGAAUAUGGGCAACCUUUCCAUCACGGCCACUGGAAGUAGGCCAAACUCUCCAAGUAACAUCAUUGUCACUAGCUAUCAGUACGACACUACUAUCUAGCUUGGGUCUUCAUUGGUUCUGGAGGAAUCUAUUCGGCACUCGAAAGAGCAGGUUGGACGUCACGCUUGAGGAAUGGAUCCAAGAUGCUUGUACGAGGUCAGACGGACCUCGACACAUCAAGUAUGAACGGGUGCAAUAAACUUCAUCUCGGGGUCAGUAUUGUGCUUCAUGCACAUGCUGCUUACAGACUACGUGGCAAUGCUCGCGAAACAUACUCGCGAACCAUGCUCACACAUGCGGAAGUAUUCUGGCCGCAUGGUCUUGUAAGUCGAAGGCAUUAGCGGUAUUCUAUGGAAAAUCGGUUCGAGAUGUGGGCACUAGGCUAAGCCUCAUUGCUCAUGAGGCACAGAAGGAGGGUUUCCACUGUUCACCACUGCUCUGGAUAUCAGCUUAUCCCGUACCCAUGUUGUGUUGUGGGCAGCACAUUUGGCUCUGCUCGCGUGCCAUAAACGCGUAUGUCGAAUGUCUGUUACCCGCGUGUCUUUAAAUAAGUAGUCAGGCAUAUAAGAAGCUUACUACUUUGUCGUCAUAUCUUAAAAGGUGCUCGACAUGUGCAAAGUUACUAUUACCUUAU